GGACCGAUUUACCAGGCGUGCGCCAAUUAUUGACUUGGCUAAUAUAAAAAAAAUAGAAAUUGUGAUUUUUCUCUCUCUACCUCUUCCAUCGCUUCGCCCGGCCAUCCAUCGAUAAUUUAGGUUUGCUGUCUCCACCGACCUCCAUCCUCGAGCCCACCGCCCCGCCAUGGCCGUCGCACCCAGCUGCAAAAGCUAUUGAGUUGUCGCCGGCGGCCAUGGUUAGAGCUCCAAAUCUAAUCGAACUUCCAGAUUUGGAGCCACUGCUGCGAGCGACGGCGGUUCCUGAUGUGGAAGCUCGCCGACUCCCGUGUCCACCCCUCCAGUCGUGGCGUGCGGGGGUGGACACGAAGGUCGGCGAACUUCCAAAUCCAGAGCUUCAGCCGGGCCAAAUUUGGAGGCACCAGCCAUGGACAAGCAAGGACGACGGAGGGGUGGCUCAACUUGGAUACAUAACAGUGUCGGCCUGGAUGCGACGUUGGCCACUUUGUCAAUGGUGACAAUCGGUGGAGGCGCAAAAGACAUACUGGUAUGCGUGCAUGGCAAGAAAAACCUGCUAGUUUGACCGGAAAGCAAAGAGUUCAAGACUUUUCUUAGUCAUAGUUCAACACCAGCGCUUAAAGUAAUGAGUUGCGUCAUUGCUUACGCAUAUGGGCACUGAAUCAAUCAAUCCAAUGAACUUGUAACAGAAAACGAAAAAUUCAAAGCCACCUUUGAGUUAAUUUACUAGCUUGAGAAAACACAGACGUCUCUCUGUCUCGUACUUAACACCAACACCAGAGAUCCUCAAAAGCAGCGUGACCAGAAUAUCAGAAGUUGUGUAGGCAUGGCGGGUCUAUUUGACAAGCAGGCGGAGACCUACCUACAAGCCCGGCCGACUUAUCCAAGUGAGUGGUACUCGAUGCUCGCCGCCCGCACCACUCAUCACUCUCUGGCUUGGGAUGCUGGCACCGGCAAUGGUCAAGCUGCUCUUGGUGUUGCAGAGCAUUACGAGCAAGUCAUAGCAACCGACGUUAGUGAAGCUCAACUAAGUUUCGCGAUGCCACAUCCUCGAGUUCGCUACGUGCACACUCCACAAUCCAUGUCAGAGGAUGAAAUUGUGGCCUUGAUGGGUGCCGAAAAUCGUGUCGAUCUGAUCACCGUUGCUACCGCAGUGCACUGGUUUGACCUUCCAAAGUUUUACAAGCUGGCCAAGCGCCUUCUACGUAAGCCGGGAGGUAUACUAGCCGUUUGGGCAUAUAACGACAUAGUCGUUAAUCCCGAAUUCAACACUGUAAGUAAGCGCCUCUGGGAAGCUACCAUGCAGUUUUGGCACUCGGAUGCCAAGCACGUAAUUGACGGGUAUAGAAAUCUUCCCUUUCCUUUUGAGAGCGUGGGCUUAGGCCACGAGGGAGAACCAAUGCAACUCGAAAUCCGGAAGGAGCUCCUGUUCGAAGGGUACUUGAAGUUUUUAAAAUCAUCAUCACCAAUUAACUUAGCCAAGGAACAAGGGGUGGAUUUGUUGUCCGAAGAAGUUGUUAAAGAGCUUGAGAGGGCUUGGGGAGGGCCUAAUCUGGUCAGAACUGUCACCUACAAGGCUUUCAUGCUUGCAGGAACAGUCACAAAAUAAGUCGCAUUAUUAGUUUGCAAUAUUUGAUUUCCUCUAUAAUAAGUUCGACUUUUCUCC